UUCGUGGCCACACGUGUGUUUACGUUUUGAAGAAUCUUAGUUUUAAGAGAUUUUGGCAUGGAUUUUGCCAAGAAAAUACUGAGCAAGUAUGGCUGGAAGGAGGGUGAGGGACUGGGCAAGAACAACACAGGCAUUGCUGCUCCACUUAAGGCCAGCUUGAAGUUCGACAACGCUGGCUUGGGAGUGGACCGUGCCCAGGAAUUCAAUGACCACUGGUGGGAGCGUUGUUUUAACGAGGCGGCCAGCAACGUAGAUGUCCAGGUGCAGCAGAAUGGCAAGAUCACUACCGGUCGCAAGGAGGGUGAGGAUGCCGUGGAGAUAUCCACCAAAGGGUUCUCCGCUCGCAAGCUAAAGAAAGCGAAGGAGCAGCACGUCAGCGAUGGCAAAUCCACAUACGACAACUUCCUGCAAACGGCACUGCUUACCCAAGGUGGCGGCGAGGUGGAGAACACGGAGCGCAUUCGCGUGGAGGACAUAGCAGUGACCAAGGUGAGCGUGCUGACGGACGAGGAGCUGUUCAAGGCCUGCGGUGGAAGGACAGCUCAUAAGGGAGCUCGGCACGGUCUCAAGCUGACCGGAAAGAUUGCCCGUUUGGAGCAGCAGGAACGCGAGUUGCUGGAGAGGAUGCAGAGCAAACUGAAGGCCGCAAAGGAGCAAGCGACAGAUCAGAAACAGAAAAAACAGAUAGACUUAAAUACAGAAGGGUCCCUAGUACAAGCAAAAGAUAAUUUGGAGUCCAUAGAGGAGCCCAUGGGGGCACCUCCGAAGUCAAAAAAGAAGAAAAAGGAUAAAACUGAAAAGUUAGAAGAGGAUGUUAUCGUAGAACAAACGGUGCUGCCCGUGAAAUCAAAAAGAAGAAAAAGAACAAAGCUGAUAAAAUAUCUGAGGAAGAAUCUGUAUACUGUAAAUAUAGCUGAUGACGAAGUUGAGCCUGUGAAGUCUAAAAAGAAACGAAAAACAGAGGACACUCUGGGCGAAACUGAAGCUCCGGUUAAAACCAAAAAGAAGAAAAAGAACAAGGAGGCAAAGUAGCAGUAAUUCUAAGUUAGUCUUAGUAUACG